AUGCUUCGUCACAACAAUCACAACGACACCGUUUUGAUUCAACCGGAACUCGGAACCACCGUCAAGAAGCGGAAACAUCAUUCUCCGAUCGGCUAUGAAUUACCAUCUCACCUCCCACCUCCAAUCCUCCCCGACGACCUCAUCUUCGAGAUCCUCCUCAUACUUCCGGUAAGAUCCCUUCUACAAUUUAGGUGUGUAUGCAAAUCAUGGAAAACCCUAAUCUCCAAUCCCCUAUUUACUAAAAACCAACUUCGACUAUCAAUGUUGAAUCCAACCAUAACCCACCAACAAUUGGUCUCUUCCAACAUCACCCAUAACUGCAAAAUCGUAUCUUGCCCUGUGAAACCACUUUUUGAAAACCCAUCAGAACCUGUUGAACCCGUUAGCGUUAGGAUGAAUCGUAAGUACCAUAUUCUAGGUUCAUGCAAUGGGUUGCUUUGUUUAUAUGAUAUCCAUUUAGGUUAUGUUAGAUUGUGGAACCCUGCUACCAGAUUGAGAUCCAGAAAAUCUCCUAAAUUUGUUGGGUCUGAUGGGGUUAUCACAUGCCAUGGCUUCGGCUAUGAUCAUGUUAAUGACAAGUACAAAGUGCUUGUUGUUGUGGGUGAUUUAAAUGAAUCCGUCACUAAACUUUAUACAUUUGGUGAAACUGAAAAUUCUUGGACAACCAUUCAGGAUUUCCCUUGUAUUCCCACUAGGUGGUUAGGGAAGUUUGUGAAUGGAAGUUUGAAUUGGUUUGCUAAGGAAGGUUUUGGUUGCAAUCAAUGGAUAAUUCUUACCUUUGAUUUGGCAAAGGAGACUUAUGGGAAACUCUUGUUACCUAGACAAAAAGAUGGUGACAGGAUUUGCAAUCCUGUACUAGAUGUCUUGAGUAAUUGUCUUUGUAUAUGUUUUGAUUCUAAUGAAACUCAUUGGGUUUUGUGGUUGAUGAAAGAGUAUGGAGUUGAGGAGUCAUGGACUAAAUUGAUGCUCAUCCCUCAUGCGAAGUUUUGGCAUCCUAAAUAUCGACCUUGUUUUAAACCUUUGUGCAUUUUGGAUAAUGGUGUUAUUUUGAUGAAAACUUUGUAUUCCAUUUUAGUCCUGUAUGAUGCAAAUACAGGUAUGCUUGAUUAUCCUAGGACUUUAGGCAAACUUGGGUUGGAUCUACAUGUUUACCAUGAGACUCUCAUAUCACCACUAUGGUAA